AAACCAUUUCAGAACAACAUGGUCAGUCAUAGUCCGACAGCCAAUGGUGAGUGCGCUCUGAUUGGGCUCGCCUCUGCCUCGCCAGUCCCUUCUCAUGCUGCUGUCCUCUGCGUGAACGCGCGUGGUACCCAACGCUCGUGAAGAGGAGGAGGAGGAUGUGGCGCGCGGAGGGGAAAUGGCUGCCGAAAACAAGCCGGAAGGACUGAAGAAAAUCCGUAAUCCGGAUCGAAUGUACAGAUCAGCCGUGUGUUAUUCGGGCCAUGCUGCUCCUAAGAGUGUCAGUGAUGACACAGAGACGAACAAUGAACAUGGACAUUUGAAAAUAUACCUGCCCAAAAAGUUGCUUGAAUGUCUACCAAAAUGCUCCACGUUGCCAAAAGAGAGACACAGGUGGAACACCAAUGAGGAAAUUGCAGCAUACUUGAUAACGUUUGAAAAGCAUGAAGAAUGGUUGACAACAUCCCCUAAAACAAGGCCACAGAAUGGGUCGAUGAUCCUAUACAACAGGAAGAAGGUGAAAUACAGAAAGGACGGCUACUGCUGGAAGAAAAGGAAAGAUGGGAAGACCACGCGAGAUGAUCACAUGAAGCUCAAAGUACAAGGAGUUGAGUGUCUGUACGGCUGUUACGUCCACUCCUCCAUCAUCCCCACCUUCCACCGCAGGUGCUACUGGCUCUUACAGAACCCAGACAUCGUGCUAGUCCACUACCUGAACGUGCCGGCCAUCGAGGAUUGUGGGAAGCCGUGUGGGCCCAUCCUGUGCUCCAUCAAUACAGACAAGAAGGAAUGGGCCAAAUGGACAAAAGAAGAGCUCAUUGGCCAGCUGAAGCCCAUGUUUCAUGGAAUCAAGUGGACUUGCAGCAAUGGGAACAGCAGCUCUGGCUUCUCUGUGGAGCAGCUGGUACAGCAGAUACUGGACAGCCACCAGACCAAGCCUCCUCCCCGGACUCACAACUGCCUCUGCACAGGCACGCUGGGCGCUGGGAGCAGCGUUCAUCACAAAUGUAACAGCGCCAAACAUCGCAUAAUCUCUCCUAAAGUGGACCCUCGAUCGGGUGGCUACAGCAGCACCCACUCUGAGCUCCAGAAUAAUGACGUGUCAGAGGGCAAGACAGAGCACAGGCACAUCAGCAAGAACAGCGGAGGCGCGGGAGGAGGGAGUGUGCGCGAGAAACGAAAUGGAAAGGUGCACAAACCUGUGCUGCUGCACCAGAAUAGCACUGAGGUCUCCUCAACCAAUCAGGUGGAAGUACCGGACACGACCCAGAAUUCCCCUGUGUCCAUCAGCAGUGGGCUGAACUCUGACCCUGACAUGGCCGACAGUCCAGUGGUCACAGGCAUGGGCCACGUUGCCUCCGUCAUGAGCAUCCUGUCCCAGAGUGUCUUCAUGUCUGAGGUAACCGGGGACCCAGUCUACAGCAUGUCUCCCACUGGAGGCCCCAACGCUCAUAUUAUGGGCCCUGAUGCCACCUCGCACAGCCUGGUCUUAGCAGCCACCUCUGACACCCACAAGUUUGCCUUUCCUGGUAGUGGGAACACAGAUGCGGGUGGUCCUGGAGCGGAUGGGCUGUCCAUGCUGUCUGCGUCCGGUGAGGAGCUUGUUCUCUCCAGCAGCUUAGACUCAAGCAACAUGAAAAUACCAGAAACCACAAUGAACUUCGACCCAGACUGCUUCCUGAAUAACCCAAAGCAGGGCCAGACCUAUGGGGGAAGCAGAUUAAAACAAGAGAAUAGUGCGUCGAAUGCCUCAUCUUCCUCAAUGGCUAGCACUAAUGGUUUGCAACACUCUCCGUCUGAUACAAACUACGGCUACAGUUCUGCGCUGGUGAAGAACAUCAAGACCGAGGACACUUCUUUCGAACAACAGCUGGCUAAGGAGGGAAGCUACCAGGUGGGGGCAGUAGUGAGCUGUAGUGUGUCCAGUGGUUCUGGCAGCCAAAACUCGCUUACCUUGACCACUGCUUCCUCUCUGCUGCCAUCUGGAGGAGGUCUGAGUCCCAGCACCACCCUGGAGCAAAUGGAUUUCAGUGCUAUUGAUGCAAAACAGGACUACUCGUCGUGUGCCACUGCGGUUGGUUAUAGCCAGGCAAUGAAUAACUUAGCUCACCAGAACCGAUCGCCCGGCUUCUUCCUGCAAGACGCUCCUCAACCAGCCCAGACCCAGCAGGGUAGGCAGAACGCCGUCCAAAAGGGUCACCUGCUGGAGCACAACUCACCUGACGGGGCGUACAUGGGUCUGCAGGUUGUAAAGACGGAAUCACCUGGCAGUAAUGGGCAUCAUCAUCACACCCAACACAGAGCCAACUGCAAUGGGGGCUCACCCACCGAGGGCCAGGCGGGCUCCCUCCAACUCCUGCAGUACCAGGGAGGUUUUCCAGGUCUUGGUCCAGAGCACGAGGAAGUGGUCGGCAUGGAUCAGAGUCGCAGCCUGGGGUCCGGUCAGGCUGGGGCUGCGGAGAAUGGAACAGGCGGUUUACUGAAGUCAAGAGAUCAUUUACAGGCCUGCGGAGGGGGUGGUGGAGAAAACGGAGGAGCUGAGCAUUUCAUGCAGCAGGGCUCUGAGAACGGAGCAGGGAGCGAGGCGGUGGCUUUGAGAAACGGAAACGGCACAAGUGUGCCAAACAACGGCUCGCAACAGCAACUCCAGCCUCUCUUGCAGGGAGCCAAUUUAGUUCAGGGGCUCUACAACACUCACCAUGGGCUUAGUGGAGCGGGAGCCAACGGUGCAGGGGGCACAGGCAUGGAAAUCAGCCUGGAUCAUUUUGACAUUUCUUUCGGAAACCAGUUUUCCGACCUAAUCAAUGACUUCAUCUCAGUGGACGGCGGAGCUACAGCCGUGGGGGCCGCAGGGACAUUAUACACCCAUCAGCUGGUGGCCCCACCUGGGUCAGAUGGAACGGGCACCUCCGGUGGAAAUCAACAGCAAGGUCAAGAAGACGCAAGUAACAGGGCAGCAGGAUACAGUCCCUCAGAGCUCUGCCUGCAGUCUUGCUGUAGCCCUCAGACUUUGGGUGGAGGUGCCUGUGCUACGGGAGGCUCAGGAGAAACAGGCUCGCUGGCCUACAUGCAUGUGGCUGAGGUAGUGUCAGCAGCGGUGGUCCAAGGCACUUUGGGUAUGUUGCAGGCCACUGGACGACUGUUCAUGGUUACGGACUAUUCUCCGGAGUGGUCAUACCCAGAGGGUGGGGUAAAGGUGUUAAUUACAGGCCCAUGGCAGGAAGACAGCAGUAGCUACACCUGUCUGUUUGAUCAGAUCUCUGUCCCAGCCUCCCUCAUCCAGCCUGGAGUCUUACGUUGCUAUUGUCCUGCUCAUGACACAGGCCUGGUGACUCUGCAGGUGGCUGUCAGUAAUCAGAUCAUCUCCAGCUCGGUUGUGUUUGAAUAUAAAGCGCGUGCUCUGCCCUCCCUGCCUUCAUCACAGCAUGACUGGCUGUCGCUUGAUGAUAACCAGUUCAGAAUGUCCAUCCUGGAGCGUCUGGAGCAGAUGGAGCGCAGGAUGGCUGAGAUGGCCGGUCAGCAGCAGCAGGGCAGUGGAGGAACACAAGGAGGAGGAGGAGGAAAUGGAGGCGCUAAUAAUCAGUCUCAGCAGUGUGUCUCGGGUCAGGCGGGGAGCUCCUUUGAGAGUCGUGUGGUGGUUGUUUGUGAGAAGAUGAUGAACCGAGCCUGCUGGGUCAAAUCCAAACAUCUGAUUCACUCCAAGACCUUCAGGGGCAUGACCCUGUUGCACCUUGCUGCAGGCCAGGGCUACGCAACCCUCAUCCAGACUCUCAUUAAGUGGCGCACUAAACAUGCUGACAGUAUCGAUCUGGAGCUGGAGGUGGACCCUCUCAAUGUCGAUCAUUUCUCUUGUACUCCACUGAUGUGGGCAUGUGCUUUGGGUCACCUGGAGGCAGCAGUAGUUUUGUUUAAAUGGGACCGGAGAGCACUGGCCAUCCCAGAUUCCCUGGGCCGCCUGCCCCUCUCUAUCGCCCGCUCCCGCGGUCACACCAAACUAGCUGAAUGUCUGGAGCAGCUCCAGAGAGAGGAGCAGCAACAGCAGACCCCGUCCUCCAUGCCCCCCACCUCCAGCAUGUCUUUCUCUCCAAAUAGUGACAUCACCGCCUCCAACAGCUGGAUGGUCAGCUGGGCCAGCAACAGUUUGGUGGCACCCAGUGGGCAAAACUCUGGCACAGCCAACACCACCACUGCAAGCUCUUGUACCAACCAGAAUCCUGAUUUGAGAAGGCCGAGAUCAGAGCCCUCCAGCUACUACAGCAACGAGUGCCAGCGAGAUUUUCCCCUCGCCAAAAAACACAAGCCCAACCCCGAGAUCGUCCAAGCACAGCUGGAUAAACCUGUGAUGGCUCCUUUGAGCGUGGAACAGCAGACACAUAAACUGUCCACCAGCCCCAAGACUCAUCCCUCUAGUCCUGACAAGAGCCCCUCUGGAGAGGGUCUGGGGGCAGGGGGCGUCCCGCAAGCAAAGAUGGGCUCUUUCCGUGGAGGGCACUUUCCUAGGGCCAUUAGAGAGGCGCUGAGGAAGGGCAGCAGUGGCGGCAUCGGGAAAGAGAAGCUGGCCAACCGACUGCGACAGUGUGGAGAGUCCCUCGGCAUGCUGGGAAUGGUGGACACGGAGAUGCUCUCCUAUAAGGAGGAUCUGGAGAAUCAGGACUGCCUCUCACACAUGGAGGACCUUCAGGCAAACAUGAUGAGUCUGGCAGAGCACAUCAUCGAUGCCACUCCAGAGUGUAUCAAACGGGAACAUUUCCCAGCGGUGAAGUCCGUUCCUCUGGACAACAGUGGGCUCACCAACACCAUGAGCUGGCUGGCCAGUUACCUGGGAGACGUGGAACACCUGCCCAGCAUCAUCCACUUGAGCCCCAUAUACAGCGAACCCCUGACCCCAUCCUCCAACCCUAGCCUGAGCCCGGGGAACUCGCCCAUGAGCGAGGGCCAGUUUGAGAAGCCCACUUUGCCCGCUCCGGCCGAGUGGAGUGAGUUUCUCCGAGCUUCCAACAGCAAGGUGGAGAGAGAGCUGGCCCAGCUCACCCUGUCCGACCCAGAGCAGAGGGAACUCUACGAGGCCGCACGGCUGGUGCAGACUGCUUUCCGCAAGUACAAGGGACGCCCACUGCGCGAGCAACAGGAAGUAGCCACCGCUGUCAUUCAACGCUGUUACAGGAAGUACAAGCAGCUAACAUGGAUAGCCUUGAAGUAUGCACUUUAUAAAAAGAUGACGCAGGCCGCCAUCCUUAUCCAGAGCAAGUUCCGCAGCUACCACGAACAGAAGAAGUUUCAACAGAGCCGGCGGGCGGCCGUGCUGAUCCAGCAAUGCUACCGCAGCUACAGAGAGUUCGGCAGGCUGCGGCCCCACCGCAGAACAGUCACCAGCGCGCUGGUCCAGCACAAACUCAGAAGCAGUUUGCUCACCAAGAGGCAAGACCAGGCCGCCCGCAAGAUCAUGAGGUUUCUCAGACGUUGCCGUCACAGCCCCUUUAUGGACCAUAGACUAUUCAAGCGGAGUGAGAGAGUUAAGAACGGCCAGGGAACAUGAGAGCGUCCAGAAGAGCCCCCUCACAAUGUGACAUUACUCUCCAGACUCUUCCGUUCACCUUUUCUGUUUCAACCAGAGAUGUUUUACAAGAGGAAAAAAGAACAGCAAGAACACUGUAACUUACUACUGUACGACUGAUACUACUGCUACUAAACUACCGCAUUUAUUUCAUAUCUCUUUAUUCCUUCGACGUUUCGUCUAUGAAGGAAGGAGCCAACCGCCGGGGAUCAAACAAACUUUAAGGAUGCCGUUUUUCGGAGGAGUAACAUUUGCUUCGUGGCAUUUUUUGCACUUUUUAAUGGAUUGAUUUGUCAUUUUUGAGGAGCGUUAUUUAAGUGUUUCGUUUGAAGAAAGGAUGGAUGAAGUCUUGCUCUUCAGUGGCUCGCGGAUGAAAGGUGGAGAAAGAUAGAUCGAUGGUGACAAAAUAUGGAGUCGACACAGAAACAUGGCCGGGCCUGUUCCAAGUGUGUUUUCAAAGAAAAAAUGACUUGUUUAGAGGGACAAAUUGUUACCAAAAACGGCGAAUAGUUUAUGGGUGCAUUUUUUGUACAUUCGUUAAUCAACAUCUAGAAAAUGUAUUAGAAACCUCUUCCGGUCUGUGGUCACCCGUCUUCUUUUAGCUACACUAGGAUGCAUCUGAUGAAUGUAAGAGAGAAAUGAGGAGGUUUGGGUGAUUUUAUUUUGAUGACAGGCAAAGAAGUAUGAUAAACAAGGUAAAACUGAACUAUUUUGAAAUUGAUGACCGAAGUAUAUUCUUUGAUCAACAACCAGCUUAAUUUGUGUUGUUAAACAAAGCCCAAUGAAAUCACAGAGAGGUAAAUCUUUGGCUCCAGAGAGAUCUUGUCUUAUGCAUGCUCGAAAGUAGGCAAAUGCCUUUUUAUUUGAUUUGUUUAAACUCUUUGAAUGUACUGGAGACUCCAAAAGUCCAGAAAUAACUAUAAUUUACCAUUUGCAAGUUUUGGGUUUCGUAUCCCUUCUAUACAGUUUAUGCUGUCAGGCUUCAUCUUGUAAUGAAGCUUUUGUUUUUUAAUGCGGUUUAAUGAAAAGUUACAAACAUUACCUGAUAUAUUUGACAAACUUUGAAGGGUCUCCACACCCGGGGUUAGACAAACCCGUAUUUUUGACAAUUGAGCGGUUUUCUGUAUAUAAAGAGGGGUGCUGGUACGUAAAGUAAAACAUUUAUCAAAGCGGGAUUGUAUUUUAGAAAUAUAUUAUUUUACUCAUUGAUAGGGAUCAAACAGAUUAGCAUUAAAAAUCUGAAUAUUUGUAUAGUUUUGUUUGAAUGCCUAUGAAGUAUGGUUGUAUCGUUUGUACAUAGUGUAAAUACCUGGGAUAAAGUCAAGCUACUGUAUGUGCAUGACAAAAACGAACAAAGAUACAAAAAAGACGAAAAGCAUUAGUGGCUAUGCUCUGUAAAACUAUUUCACUAUAAGAGUAUUUUAUUUUCCUUUGAGUGUUCUUGAGAAGAACAUUUUGCUGAAGCAUGACUUUCCUGCAGUUAUGAAAAAUAUUGUAUUUAUGAGGUAGGAGAAAAGGCAAACUGAUCAUUAGACGAAAAGGUUAUGUUUACAUCUGUUUGUUGGUUUUUUGGGGCUACCAAGAAUCUUUUUGCCAACGGUGCCAAGUAAUGCGAAUGCUACUGCUUAACAAAGGAUGUGAGUUCAUCACUGCUGAACAGAUAUUCACACAUUCAACCAGUGACGGUCUCGGAUGAUGGUUUAUUUCAAAAAGGAUCUUAAAGGUUAUCACAUAUCCCAUUUAGUUGAUUUGUUUGUUUCGUGUUUCGUAUGUGUUUCAAACUGCAAUUGUUUUUUUGUUUUGUUUUUUGGUGGACCUCACAGCGGCAUUAUGCAGCAUUAAAGGGACAGUUCACCCAAAAAUGAAAAUUCUGUCAUCAUUUACUCACCUUCGAGUUGUUCCAAAUCUGAAUAAAUGUCUUUGUUCUGAUGAACACAGAGAAAGACAUUUGGAAUAAUGCUUAUAACCAAACAGAUCUCGACCCCCAUUGACUACCAUAGUAGGACAAAAUACAAUGGUGGUCAAAAGUGCCCCAGACCUGUUUGCUGUCCUACAUUCUUCAAAAUGUCUUCUUUUGUGUUCAAAAAUUCUUUCUCUCUGUUCAUCAGAACAAAGUUAUGUAUACACAUUUGGAACAACUCGAAGGUGAGUAAAUGAUGACAGAAUUUUCAUUUUUGGGUGAACUAUCCCUUUACGUGUUCUGUUUAAUGUGGAUCGGUAAUGACGGUUCAUGCCUCUCACGUAGAAGCUGAAACAAAUGUGUCAAUGACCUCUUUCGAAACGCACACCGAUUAAAAGGCGAGAAAAGAGCGCUCCUGUUAUGCAUGUUAAACGGAGCUCUUUUGGUGCUAAAACGUUUCUGUCAAGGAGCUGAUAGACCUCCAAAGAUCUGUAAAUGUUCCAGUUAUGUCACCUUGAAAGGGAUUACUGAUAAAGGCAGUAAAUAUCUGAAUUGAUGAUGCACAAAAUAUGUACAUUUCAGUUCCCUCGUGUUUGUCAUCUUUUCUAUUUGCUUCUUUGUUGAUCUGUCGAUCUUUAAAUUCUUAUGUUGGAAGUGCCUGAUCAUAGCGAGCAGUAUUCCGCAUGUACGGUUUAUAAGGGAAUAACUGGCAUUAGCAAGAAAUGAAUUGUCGAUUUGAAUUUUCCACAUUUCUUUACGUAAUUCUCAGAUUCCUUCGUCCACACUUUCUCCAUGUGUUUCAUGUUAUUGCGUCAUGGGCUUAUGGAUUUGUCAUAACUCUCGUCCUCUCCUGGAACUGCCAGAUAAACCGAGGGCUGUGGAUUUCAGUCCUGCGGUUCUUGCCUUGCAUUCACCAUUCCGAUAACAGCUAAGGUUGUCAGCUAAUGCACUGCGGUGGCAGCUCGAGUCUUAUAACGCUUGCAUGGGUAACAUAGAUAACCGGGUGGCUUUACAGCACCCAAAGCAUGCUUAUUUUUGUAGAUUUGGUAGUCGGGUAGACUUGUUGAAGAAAUGCUGUUCUGUAAAGCAGCUGGUUUCAUGAGUUGCAGAACUUCGAAAGAUGGAGGGCUUCUAACGGACAAGCAGUCAAAUGACUCAUAUUUACAGGGCAGCGGGAAUCUUUCUUUCGAAUAGGAUUUGGCUUCCUGUUUCGUUUCGAAUUGCUUUCACGUCACCGUUACAGAAACAGGUCAAGAAACGCGUACCUCAUACAAAAACACACCACAGAACUGUGUCCAUACGUCGAAGUGUCCGUGGCACUAGUGCAGUUGAAACCUCCGGUGUGAAUCUAACAAGUUCACUUUUGUAUCUUAACUCAGGUGCCAAAUAGGAGGGAAGUAGAGCGGGUCGCUUGAGAUUUAGCUGCUGCUUAUUGGGAAACGAGCCAGACCAUUCUGAUCAAAUUACUGUGAUUCUGUCAUGCUGUUUAGUUUUUUUUAUCAACUAUGUGAGCUGAGUUGGCAUACCUAAGGAAAUCCCAUUGUCCCUAAAACUCUUUUGUCAGAAGAGCGUCACAAGAACGAUGGAGCCCAUUUAAAUGGAAUAGGUCUUUACGAAUGUGUAAAUAAGCAUGGAUGUAUCAUAUGAUGCAUAACCCAUACAGCUUCUCCAGAUCAUAUAGUCACUGUAUAAACACACUGACAUGGAUGUGCUAUAUCACAAUAUCGAAACAAAGUCAUCAUCACAACACUUACUAUAGCCAUAGAUAAACUAGAACUUUAAAAGAUAAGGACAGCUGUAGUUGAUACUGUAAACGUCUGAAAAUAUAACCUCAUCCGGUUGCAUACGGGUUCAAGUCUCGAAUGCUUUAAUGGUAUCACAGCUCAGCCCACAGGAGAUACCUCAACGCUUUCGUUUUUCUGUAACAUCACAAAGUACUGCCUUUUGGAAAACAAGGCCCUUGAAAUUAUCCCGCUAGUUUUAACACACACGGACACACAGCAAUAAGCAAUUCCUGAAGUGGAGACCUGUAGACCUAACAGGGAUGGUGAGGUAUUGGACACACGUAGCUGACUCUUAUGCAAAUGCCAGUAUUGUGAGAUUAGAAUGCAGUAGUUUAAGGACAGCGCUUAUACACACCCUUCACGGAGCUGCACGUUUUCAUCCCUUUCAGAAUCCUGAAAAUAGUGGCCCUGACUUUAUUACAAGCUACACAUGGGGCGCUCUACACUUUGCAUGUUAAACUAGUGUUAGAUCUUUCCUCUCCUCUAGCUGUCUUUCUCUCUGUCUUUAUCAAUUAUGUAGCCCUCUCCCUUCCUAAAACCCCCUGUUGAGUUUGACGACUUUUUCUCUUUUUUUAUGUCUUCGUUUUCUUCCUCCCCGGGUUUGAACGGUUUAUUUUUGUAAUUGUGCAUGUUAAAGAGUCACUGAAUUGAUGGAUGUUUAAAAAGUGAAUUCAGCUGCUGAAGCCAUGCAAAAUGUUUUGAAUUGCCCUUAAAAUAUGAAAGAUGUUUUCUGAAUGCUUUAUAUUCUCUCUGCUGUAAAAUAAUAAAAGGGGAAAACU